GAAAAUUAAUAGGCACACUUCCUUUUUGAGUUUUCAGCCCAAAAGGAAGAUAAAAAAUUAAAAAGAAAAAAUGAGGAAUAUGUGCUCAUCUUUGUGUUGAUAUAUAGCACAAACAAUCUACAAAAAAUCAAUGGAGGAGAGACACCCGAACAAUUCAUCAUCAUCCACACCCACCACCCCCAUGGCAUUUUCCGACGAGAUUCCGAGCAUAAACAUGAACACCACCAACUUGACUUUCCCUUUUCAAACCGCUAUGUCCACCAUCUUUGAAAUGAUGCCAUCCUCCUCGUGUGAUCAAAAGGUCUCAUCUUUUGGCUUCGUGGACUUGUUGGGUGUUCAUGAUAACAGCCCUUCUUUAUUCGAUUGGUUCCCCAUAACCGCCGCUGCCACCACCGACACCGCCGCCGCCGUCAACCACCCUCUCCCGUCGCCGGCAAGUUCCAAUGUCCCUGACUCCUCCGAGGUGUUGAACACUCCGGCAUCACCCAAUUCGUCUUCAAUUUCAUCGUCGUCGAAUGAAGCCACAGCAAACAACACCAACGAACAACAGAGUGAUAAUAAUAAACCUGGGAAUCAACAUGAAGCAGCAGAGGAUGAUGGUGGAGCUGAAAAAAAUGACCAAGAUCAAGACAAGACUAAGAAACAGCUGAAACCAAAGAAGAAGAACCCAAAGAAGCAAAGAGAACCGAGAUUUGCUUUCAUGACAAAAAGCGAGGUGGAUCACCUUGAUGAUGGUUAUAGAUGGCGCAAGUACGGCCAAAAAGCUGUGAAAAACAGCCCUUAUCCCAGGAGCUACUAUCGUUGCACCAUGGUUGGUUGCGGCGUCAAGAAGCGCGUGGAGCGUUCCUCCGAUGACCCUUCGGUCGUUGUCACCACCUAUGAGGGCCAGCACACCCACCCGUGCCCCUCCACAAUGCGGGCUAGUACCUCACACUUUGUGCUGCCACAUCAUCAUCAUCAGUUUCAUCAGCAAAAUGUGCAACAAGCAUCGCCUUUGUCAUAUAACUCCACUAUGAACUCCUCGACGUUUGGUAGCAUUGUUCAAGAUCAUGCCAAUCGUCGAGGUUUUGGGUCGGUUCAUGAAACUUAUUUAAGGGACAACGGGCUGCUUCAGGACAUUUUUGUGCCAACACAGAUGCCGAAGGAGAGGAAUGAUUGAAUCAUUGAAGAUCAUUAGCUUGGUAUGGUAUUUAUAACAUGAUGUUUAUGGGUCUGUGGGGGCUUUCUGUUUUAGAGGUUAAUUACUGUAUAGAAUGCAAGUCAGAUAGCUUUGCGUUCAUAUGAAACCUUUUUGGAGGUUGACUUUUGAUAUGACUAUUGGCCUUGUGGCUUAAAGAGGGGAUUGAGAUUCUGAUUUUGUUAAUGUAAUUGUUUUUUUUUUUUUCUUCCCUUCUAUGGGCUUAUUCUGUGUAACUAGAGAUUUUUUAGACAAUGAGCCAUUUUUUACUCUCUUCCCUGUAUUGUUCAGAUUGUUUGACAGGGUUAAUUAUUCAUGCAGAGAAAGCAAUAUUUUUAGGGUUUGGCCAUUAGGGUUUUACCUUAAUUUGUGAAUCUACUACUUAGUGGUUGACAUAUUCUAGCUAGCUGAAUCUUCCCUGUCAGAUAGAUACAUAAGGCAGAGAUAUUUAAUGGGGAAAGGGAAGUAGUCAAGGAUGUAAAUUAACUUGGAAUUUGAUCCUCUAGUUAGUGAUUAGCGAAGGCGUUGGGAAAUGACUAAAGGCUAAGAAAGAAAGUUGAUGAAAACUAUGUCUAGUAUGAAAGAGUUUUAUAAUUGUACCGUGACUGGAAACAAUGCAUAAUGAGGUAUGGAAAAAGUUGCAACUUUAGUACUUGAACAGUACCAUUUAGCUUUUGUACAAUGCCUUUUAUAUCAUCACUCUUCCCCUGUAAGCUACAUAAAAGCG